GGUUACUGUUCAACCAUCCGGAAGACAUCAUUCAUCUCUCGUCAGUCUGAGCAGGAAGUACUUCUCCUAAAAUCUUUCCCCCAACAAACGUGAUAUCUUUUGUUUCAUUGAAGUGUCCCAUUCGUAUAUGCUUGGGGAAACUUUAAGCAUAUUAUUUGCUGCGUUGCAGUUUCACCUUCCCGAAUACCAUGCUACGAAAUCUCGUCUUUGUUUUUGAUACAAAUCCCUGAACACUGUAAUUCAAUCCAUGCACCUCAAUGUUGUUACACACAAACAUCUCGAAGUGGCCUUAUAAAAUCGGGAGAAAUGUAAUGCAGACUCUCUGCAUGGUCCCGGCUUUUGGCUGGGAGGGCAACCCGGGAAGUCAGCAGCGUUUGGCAGGGGAUAAGGCGCCAGGGGAAGAGCCUGAGCCCCAGGGAUCUGCCAGGUUAACAGCGCUGGAACAGGAGAUCGCCUCUACUCAUCGCCUGGCCUGCGAGGCUGGCCAACAAACCUAUGUGGACCCAGAGAGCGGCUACCUGGUACUGACUAGUCUGGCCCUCCUGCAGAGGGGGAAAUGUUGCGGCUCCGCUUGCAGUGCCCUUACAACCAAGUCAACGUUAAAGACCCGGCGAAAAGGAAACGGUUCAAUUCCAUCUUUUAUGUCUGAAUUCGGUGGAAGGCGUACAGUCGAAAGCGUCUUGCUCGGGGAUUGGGAAGGGAACACAGCAUUGGACUGUUCAAGGUGAUCGGCCCUAAACUUCAAAGGAAAUGUUUGGAGUAAAACUCCCCUGACAUUUUCCGACCACAUCUUCCUGCCUGAGUGAAUGAAACUUCCGAUAAAAUCAUCAUAAAAGAC